CAGUUUCACAUCUCACAAAAAAAGUCUGAGAAACUUCCACUGGCUGCCAAAAAUCCGCUCGAGUUCGGGUUUCGCUAGACGUAUUUAAAUACGGGCCCUAAAAUUUGGACCCCCUCAAAGUCACUGUAUAAUUCGCACACUAGACUGUUAUCUGCCAUCUUCAGGUAACUGAGCCUCUGGCCAACACUGUCCUGCUUUCAGCUAUAGUUCUCGCCUGUGGAGGGAAGAUGACUUUCUACGAUGGCAUUUACCCGUUUUACCCGCUACAAAGGAGCCCGUUCAUCGUCGACAUCAGUCUGCUGGUCGUGAUCCUGGUUUUCUCGGUUCUGGCUGUCAGUUUCCUCUUCAUUCUUCCGGGAAUACGUGGCAAAUCGAGACUGUUCUGGAUGUUCAGGAUAACCAUUAGUUUAUUUAUUGGAACAGUUUUAGUAGCAUUGAAUUUUACUGGAGACUGGGCUGAAGCCAGCGUGAAAGCCAACGCCAGCUACAAAUCCUUCAGUAAUGCUGUGGUGUCUGCUGAGGUGGGACUUCAUGUGGGGCUGUAUGGCAUAAACAUCACACUUAAAGGUGAACCAGUAUCGCAGAUAAAUGAGACCAUUGACUACAAUGAGAUCUUCAGGUGGUCGAGCAGCGUAGAUGAGCAGUACGAUGACGCGCUGAAGCGAGGUCUUCCCAACCCCAUCCUUUACAUCGCAGAGAAGUUCACUCGCAACAGCGCCUGCGGCCUCAUCUACCAGUACAGAUACUCAGGCCGCUUCGCCUCAGCCAAUCUGUGGACGGCUUUUUGCUGCUGGCUCGUGGCCAAUAUCCUCUUCUUAAUGCCUGUCAUCCUCUACGCCGGGUACAUGAUGAUAGCCACGGCCGCUUUCAUCUUCUUCUCCAUGGCUUCCUUCUCAACUAUAUUCAAUGUGAUCCCAUGUGACUUCAGUAUAGGUGCAGAGUCCUUAAAGACAGAUUACAGCCAUUCCUUCUGGAUCGCUUUGGCUACAGGUUUGCUGUGCACUGUGAUUGGUUUGGUGGUGGUGCUACUGGAUUGUCUGUUUCCUGCGAGGAUGAGGGAGGUGUUCAGUGUGGGCGGGGACAACGAGGAUGACGAAUGCCACACUGGUGAAGGCUACCUCAACUCAGGCUUUCUAGAGGGAGUGAUCUAUGAUGACGACACACAGACGGGAAAUGUCUCCAUGUCUCAGCAGAUCACUACAUUAACAAGACUUUGACGGGUGGUUUGAUGUCAUCUACAACUACUACUUGAAAACUUUCAGACUGAAUUGCUGGGAGC